UUACCAGCUUUAUUUAUGAAAGUUGUUCCUAUUUUAUUUGUAUUGCAUCGGCUGGAGAUGUGGUUCCCUUUAAAAAGAAGGGAAACCUUCCUAUAAAUCAAUUCUAAAGGACUACAAUUCAGAAAUGAUUUAGUGUGGUCGUAUUCACUACAUGCAAUUGAUAUUUAGUUGAGACAGUUUUGAAAAUAAUUACAGCCUCUCAUACUUUGAUUUUUAUCAGGGUUACACUUUUAAUUCAGCCUGCCUUUUAUUCUGUCCCGCUUUGCUUUUAGCCCAUUCUUCCUCUGGACUCAGUCAUUCAUUCCUAAUGUGGUUUCUUGCAGCGUUUCUUGUACUUUUUUGUUUUGUCAUCCCCCAACAUACCUUUUUCUAAAAGGACAAUGUUAUUUAAUUUAUUUUCUGACUGAAGUUGCAGGCAGGCAACCGUAUCUGUGUGCAGUGUCUCCCAGCUCCCACACUGAACCCUGACAACUUUUCACAACACAUUUAUGACUGUCAUAACGUAUUACAUAACAUUGUACCGUGUACUCCACUGCUUUGGCAGGUACUUUAACUGUCAUUUUUGGAGAAGCCCUUUUUUUUGCAGCAGGCAAUUGAUUUAUCACAUAAGAGAAAGCACAGGUGUCAUUCACAACAAAAAACAUCACCAGGACCUUAAAGCCAAAGCACCUGUGUUCUUCAAAGGACAUAUCACUUUUUUUAUUUUUUCAUGAAAAAUACCUAUUUGUACCUAUUCUUUGUCUUUGAUGAUGUAUUUUUACAAAGAGCCUAAUCCUCUGUUUGGCGUUCCUUUGUAAAAAAAAAAACUCAGUGAAAAACACAAACAAAAAAACAUUUGUAGCUAAUGAAACACUUUGCUUAAGUUUUAUUUAGGUUUGUGCCAUCAAUCAUUUAUAUAUAUAAUGAAAUAAUAUAAAUAAUCAGUAUUAUGUAUUAAUUAUUUCUAAACAAUGAUGCUGUAAUGUUCAGACAUGAGUGAGGUAAAAUUUAUUACUGACUGUAUGAGAUUCCCAGUCACGUAAUCAGUUGGAGCAGGAUGGCGGUAUUCCCCAGUUUUCAAUGCCUCGUUACAACGCAGCUCUCGCGAGAAAUAAAUGAUCGACGGGAGCGUUGGAAGGGACGUGCGCGGUCCCGUUUCCGCGCGCCCAGCAAUACGUGAGAACUGAACAAAAAAUUCUGUGAACACUAGUCCAGGCUGCUUCCUGACCCGAGCGCGUUCUGUAGAGGAAGUUGACUUCAAGCGCCCCGCACACGCAGAGCUGGGGAUUUUAUUUUUUGCACAAUUGCACCGAAUUUGCACUACUGGGCGUCCGAAGUUUGUUGAGCGAUUGAGGAAGAGGUAGUUUCUCGGGGACCACCACUCCACGUCGUGCCACACGGGGUGGAGAGGAGAGAGGUCAGAAGUUUCCGCUCGUUUGUUUUGUCGCUACGCGGCUGUAAAAUCCUGCAGCAAUGUCGCAGAAGGAGAGACCUACCUUCUACCGUCAGGAGCUCAACAAAACCGCGUGGGAGGUUCCGGAGCGCUACCAGAACUUAUCUCCCGUGGGCUCCGGUGCGUACGGAUCCGUAUGCUCGGUGUACGACGUGAAGACGGGCCUGAAGAUAGCGGUGAAGAAGUUGUCCAGGCCCUUCCAGUCCAUCAUCCACGCAAAGAGAACCUACAGAGAGUUGCGGCUGCUCAAACACAUGAAGCACGAGAAUGUGAUUGGUCUAUUGGACGUUUUCUCACCAGCAACAAGCUUGGAGGAGUUCAAUGAUGUGUACUUGGUGACCCACCUAAUGGGAGCAGAUCUCAACAAUAUCGUCAAAUGUCAAAAGCUGACAGAUGACCACGUUCAGUUCCUCAUCUACCAGAUUCUCAGAGGCUUAAAGUACAUCCAUUCAGCAGAUAUCAUCCACAGAGACUUGAAGCCGAGUAAUCUCGCCGUGAAUGAAGACUGUGAGCUCAAGAUCCUGGACUUUGGUUUGGCGCGGCACACAGACGACGAGAUGACGGGCUACGUAGCCACCCGGUGGUACCGUGCCCCGGAGAUUAUGCUCAACUGGAUGCAUUACAACAUGACAGUCGAUAUCUGGUCGGUGGGCUGCAUCAUGGCUGAACUACUUACUGGACAGACGCUCUUCCCUGGCACAGACCACAUAAACCAGCUGCAGCAGAUAAUGCGCCUGACGGGGACGCCCCCAGCUUCCCUCAUAAGCAGGAUGCCCAGCCACGAGGCGAGGAAUUACAUCAACUCACUUCCCCACAUGCCCAAGAGGAACUUUGCUGAUGUGUUUAUUGGCGCUAACCCUCUCGCCGUGGACUUGCUGGAGAAAAUGUUGGUGCUGGACACAGACAAACGUAUCACGGCGUCUGAGGCUCUAGCCCACCCAUACUUUGCCCAGUACCACGACCCGGACGAUGAGCCCGAAGCAGAGCCGUACGACCAGAGCUUCGAAAGCCGCGAACUGGAAAUUGAGGAAUGGAAGAGGUUAACCUAUGAGGAGGUAAUCAGUUUCGAGCCGCCGUUGUUCGAUGGUGACGAGAUGGAAUCUUGAAGAGGACUUGGCCCCCUUUCUUCCAUCUUCUUGUUUUCUAUGAAAGGACUAUCAGUCUCUUGACUAUCCACCACUUUCUUCAUGAACACACGCGCACACACACGCGCGCGCGCCCGCACACACAAGACAUUCAAGUGCCUGCCGUCAUUCAUCUCCGGUGGACGUUGUUUUAUCAGGGCUAAAACUUGACAUCCUGUUUUUUCUGUCCCUAAAUAUUGCUGUUUUUGUUACCAUGCAUCCCAAAGCGCAGACUUUAAAUUCUCAGUUUAUAAUUUUUGUGAGUUUUUACCUCAAACAUUUAUUGUUUGUAUUGAUCCCUUAUUUGAUUCAGAAAACUAGAAACUAUGUCAGUAUCGUGGAGAAACAUAACUCCUCAUAUGUAUUUUAUGAAAAUUUACCACUUAGCAUUAAUAUACAUUAGAAUUAAAGUUUGAUAGAAACGUGUCACACUGCGGUUUAGUUGUGUAUCUUUCCUCAAAAUAUUAAUAUGAAAUGGUAUUUCUAUGGUAGAAAUGGUUUUUCGGUGCAUAGAGCUGUGUAGAUAUGACAAACAGUAUUUGUACAUAAGUACUUCCGUCAAACAAAGCGCGUUAAUAUACUAUGUAUAAUAGUCAUAAUUACUGAGCCACAUCUCAGCCGACUCCUUUGACAGUACAAAACUGUAUUACUAGAAUGUAACCUAAAAUGGUAUAUAAAAAGAUGCAUUAAGUAACUUAAUACAAAUACAAAGUAUGUGUAAAAUAGGCUAAAAUGUUAAAUAUUUACUUCCUCGUGGCAAAUCAGAGGCUUCAUAUUCCUAACGUUAGAUUUGAAGGUUUACACUGUCCUUUUUUUAACCAAAAUAGGUGUUUGGAGAGUAUGUAGACUUGACUGCAUCCAUUUCUCGUACUAAACCAUUGUUUUAUUAGUUCUAUCCGGUUGUUUCAGAUGAACGUUACCGUCCCCAUAAUCACAACCUACACCUUUUUGUGUGAUAUAGUCAGAUUUGUAUUUUGCAAUCUGAUGUUUCCCACCACAAUUGACAAUGUAUUUUUAUCAUAAUGCAUUUAUACAAUACAGUACUAUUAAAUGUUAUUGAAUGUUGAGGGCACCAAUCUGCCCUAUAUUUAUGAUGUUAUGUUUGUAUAUCAAUGUAAAAGAGAAUAUUAUUUGUUAGAAUUCAAGGUUAUUUUUUAUUAUUUAUGGAAAGCUUACUGUAUCAGAAACCAAAUGUACCAUUGAUAAUCUCAAACGUUGGUUUAGCUGUGGCCACUGCAGUUACAGCUUGUCCAUGGGAGCCAACAAUAUUAUAAGAUGUUGUGCACAACUAUAUAGUUUAAAAUCAGUUUGAUCAACUGCUCGUGUUGGAGUGGUUUCUGUUGAUUUUCUCCUUUAGUUCAAAGCAGUUCUUGGACAUUUGUAUAACUUAUUUUGUUCACUGAGGUACUUCUCUCCAAAAUAAUUCUAUUUUGAAAAAUGAAUUUGAUUAAAAAUAUCACAGCAAGAUAUGUAUUUCAACUACAAGACCAUUUCACGUUGACAUACAAACCCCUGAACCGUAGACUCAUGUUUCUGAAUUGUACUAUGAACCUUUGAAAUGUUCUAUGUAAACUAUUGUGGGGUCAGAUUACCUUGUGACAUACUAGCUACAUCCACAGAUGCUAAUGUCAAACAUCAGUCUCUUCAGUUUCAUUUGCAAUCACCUGUUUUCAUAUAGUGCUUUUUUAAUGUACUUUAUUCUUUUGUGUGUUAAAUUAAGAUUUGAUAUUAUUUGGUGAUUAAUAUUUCCUGUUUAUUGAGUAAUGCUAGAAAUAUAUUUGCCAUUCAUUUGAAUAAUUUAGCAGGGCACAUGUUUGCGGGAAGGAGUGUAUGUUUACUCACUGGAUGCUGAACUGUUGUUCUUUGUAGUUUUAAAACAACUGCAUACAUUCAAAAGGAUAUUCAUCUUUUUACAUAUCUAAAUGUCCAUAGUUCAUUUAGUAAUUUGUUUCUUUUCCCACGAUGUGUUCAUAUGUUGUUGUUUUUUUAUUUGUCCAAUGUAUCAAGACAGCACACCACACCACCUGUAAAUAACACCAUUAGAAAUAAAGGCUACUAUUUUUCAAACCUGUAA